AUGAGUUUUCAACCCUCACGUGAACAAUUUCGCACUAUGAUUUUAUAUGAUUGGAAAAUUGGCUUAACAUAUAAGGAUAGCCAUGCCCAUUUGGUGCAAGCAUGGAGGGAGCAAGCAACUUCUGAUCACACAGUCUUCAAUUGGUUUCGUGAAUUUCAACGCGAUAAUUUUAGUGUUAAAGAUGCUCCACGUUCAGGUCGUCCUUCAACAUCUGUUAAUGAACAAACAAUUGAUGCUGUACGAAAAAUAAUUGAAGAUGAUCCUCAUUCGACAUAUCAGCAAAUAGAAAACAUUAUUGGGUAUCAGCUAAAGAGAUUUGAAGAAGGUCAGUCUCGUUGUGUGUUUGACAUUAUAACUGGUGAUGAAUCUUGGUUCUACCAUUAUGAUUCCGAAUUAAAAGAACAAUCAAAAGUUUGGAUGUCAACAACUGAUCCACAUCCAACCAAAAUUCAUCGAACCAAAAGUGCCGGGAAAAGAAUGGUGGCUAUUUUUUUCAUGAAAUCCGGUUUAAUUAAGUCUGUCCCAUUAGAAACAGAUGCAACAGUGAACGCAAGCUGGUAUGUCAAUACAUGCUUACCACAAGUCUUCAAAGCUGCAUCUGAACAAAGAGAAACGCGAGGUCUCUUCUUUCAUGACGAUAAUGCAAGGCCGCAUCGAGCUUGGAUUACGAACGAAUUUUUGCUGGAAAAUCAUGUUGAACAGUAUCCAAAUCCACCAUAUUCUCCAGAUUUAAGUCCUUGUGACUUCUUCUUAUUCCCGAAGCUCAAGAAUCAGUUACAUGGUAUUCGGUUUAACGACGACAACGAAAUGUUAACUGCUUUACAACAAGCCAUUGACAGUCUCACGAAAGAAGACUUUAAAAACUGUUUCGAAGACUGGUUUAUUCGAAUGCAUAAAUGCAUUGAUACUGAAGGACAGUACUUUGAAAAAAUAAAUUAA